AUGGCUUCAGAACCUCCCAGAGGUCCUCAGUGGUCAACUCGUACUGCAGGAUCGCUCCAGCUGUUUAUCCGCCUUGGCCGCUGGCUUGACGCCAGGGACCACGGUCGUGGACUCCUGCGCAGCACCGGGGAGCAAAACCUCGCAUGCCAUCGACCUGCUUGA